ACUAGUAUAUAAAAAACAUGCAGUUCCUAUUCUCAAUGGAUUAGAUAUUCUCCUUCAUCCAAUAACACAUAAAACAUAGUUUGCUAAAGAACAAAUGAAGUCAAUAGCUACAUUUCUCUUGGUGCUGAACUUUUGCAUGUAUGUCAUAGUUUUAGCCAUUGGUGCAUGGGCUAUGAAUAGAGCAAUUGAUCAUGGUUUCAUUAUAGGUCCGGAAUUAGAACUUCCAGCUCAUUUUUCGCCCGUUUUCUUUCCAAUGGGAAAUGCUUCAACAGGAUUCUUUGUUACAUUUUCUUUGAUUGCUGGAGUAGUUGGUGUUGUAUCAGCAAUUUCAGGAAUCAAUCAUAUCUGUUCAUGGACUGCUAACAGUUUGCCAUCUGCAGCUUCAGUUGCUACCAUGGCUUGGACUCUUACACUUCUUGCCAUGGGCUUUGCAUGGAAAGAGAUUGAGCUUCAAAUUAGAAACGCGCGUCUGAGAACCAUGGAGGCUUUCCUAAUUAUCCUCUCAGUUACACAACUUCUCUACAUAGUUGCUAUUCACGGUGCUGCUGCAUAUAAUAUAUAUACUUGAAAACUUGAGGGGUUUAUUUUACUUUAUCUUUGAUUUUUCCUUACUUUUUUCCUAUGUAAUUUGAAUAAUUGGAUUUGUAUAACUUACAAAAUCUUCUAAAUAAUAUCUAGUUUUCUUCA